UUUGUUCCUGAAUUCCGUCUCAAUGCUUCUGAGGAAGGCGUGAGAAUGAUCUACUUGAAUUUGAAGAUUGGGAACGAAAGUUACCAUUCAUUGGAGUCACCAAGACUGUUUCUCCCAGAGAAAUGGGUCUGGGUGCAUUCGAUCGGCGAGCCCAUGCUGUCUUUGCCAUACGACUAUGAUAUUUUACCAAAUGAGCUAACCGGGAGGCUGACUCAGCAAGUACGAAGCAGGGAUGCACCUUUGGUCGAUCAGCCUGGUGGAUGCCUAACAAGCUUGAACUUUUCGAGUCAAAGCAAGGUGGUCGCAGAUGCUAUUUUAAGUUAUACAGCACUUGGCUCUGAAAAGACUACUGAGGCAGUCGUUCGUAUCAAGAUAACAGACACUGAAACUAGCGAUCCGUUGGCAUGGCUCUUUGAUGCUGCAUCUGGGUGGAAUUGGCUGAUAGGUUGGUAUUUUUUGGGAAUGUUACUGUUAAUUAGCGUCAUAGUUGCUUCUUCUUGUCGACUGAUUGUGAGAAUGUUUAGUUUCAUUAUUAUGGGAUUUAUAUUUAAUGCAGAAUUUGUAACGCCUUUUGUAACAUUCUUACUUGCUGCAUUAACAAACAUUUACCUUUGCUACUACAACCUACAAAUACGCUACCAGGAUGUCAAACAAAUGAUUUCACAAAAGUUGCUGGAACAAAACAGUGACGACAAUAAUGAAAGGACCGACAAGGAUUCGAUCCCAGAAGAUCUUUUCUGGCUCAUUUGUGGUACAGAUUCAGAAUUAGAGCACAAAGUGUUACCAAUUAUACCUGAAAUCAUGCGCAUGCUUCGUAACAUGGGUCUUAUUUUAGUCUUUUUAUUUCUUUCUUGGUGCUCCAUUAUAUUUUUAGGGGAUACCUAUAAAAUUUCGUCGGUGGUCUCCACAAUACUUGUGUUAGUAACCGGGGUGAUUCCUGGAUUUUUUUAAGGGUUUAAUUAAAAAAAAAAAAACAAAACAUUGAGAGGUCUAACAAGGAGAAAGAUGUUAACAAAAAUUGAAAAUGCUGUCAAAUAUUAUUUUAAAAGUGAGAAAUGGAAAAGUAAAAGACGCAAUUCUUCACCGAUAUGAAAUAAAGAAGUCAUAUUCGUCAACGUUUGGAGCCUAUGCUGAUUUUUCCUUGCAUCUCUACUCAAUUUUUUUUUACAAUGCGUUUCGCAUCUCCCAAAUGAAAAUCUUAUGUUUUUUUUCGGAAAUACGCAGGCGAGAAUUUAGAGUUGCAUCAAGGAAAAAAACCCAGACAGUUAAAAAGAAAGUUAACAGGACAAUUUACAAGCUACACGGUAAUAUCUUCUGAAAGAAAAAGGGUAAUCUCUUCCAUUUUCAGCAAUUUUCAUGGCUUGUUAAAGUGAUUUACUUCAUUUAAUGGUUUUAUAUCCGACCUGUAAUAUAUCGGAUGGAAGCUAAUGGGUGCAAUGGAGUGGUGGCGUUCUUGAAUAAACGGAUACUCUGUGUAUUCUAAUUUGAGUUAAAUUGAAGGCAACACAUCAAACACGCUUGAUGAUUGCUUGUUGAAUACUUCGUGGAGCAAAUCAAAGUACUUGCCUGCGUAGUUACUCUUAGCCUCCUUCAAGCGAAUAGAUUAAAAGAAUCUGUUCGUAAUUUUGCCAGUCCUCAUCAGUUGGCACUACAGCGCAGCUGAGCAUGAGGUUAAUCAAGUUGUUUAUCAUAUCGAAACACUCGUGUAAACGAUCGCAGUCUCUUGACGCAUAUGUAAGAAAAAAUCGGAAAGAACAUUUUUUCAGCCAGUUGUAGACGUUUAUAGGCAUCGGUUAUUAAUUACUGUUGGCCAUACAUAUUUGUACAGAGGUGGACAUAAAUUAUAACGUUUAUUAUUCACUGUAAAAGCAUGGUAUAUAUGGCAACAGAAAAUAACCAUUAUUUGAUUUUACUAGUGUCAUGGUUGUAUAGUAAGUGAUUUUGUUUGCCUAAACAAUAAGGUUUUAUAUCUCAUAAAUCCAGUGUGUGUUCCGCAAUAAGUCAUGAAUAAAUUCACGAUCUGCCCCAGUUGCACUGAUAUUGGUAGAGAUAAUUCUAUAGACGACCAGUCACUCCGUUUAAAGACACAUAUAAUCGUUAGUUAUUAAUCACCACUUGGAAUACAUUCUUGUACAGAGGUAAACAUAAAUUAGUAAGCUUGUUAUUUACUCUAAAUGCAUGCUAUAUAUGGCUACUGAAUAACUUAGGAAUACGAUGGAAUACGAUGAAUAACUUAGUAAAUUUUACAAAUGUAAAUGUUAUAUCCUAAAUGAUCUUUGUUAAUGGUCAGCAAUAUUUCUAAUAAAACAUUGAAAAUUAAUGAUCUGCCUCAUUUUCUCUGAUAUCGGUAAAGAUGAUUUUAAUACUGAGACCAGAUAUCACUCCUCCAGGGUAGGCUGGGGGGGAGGGGGGCGCUAAAAAUUAUUUACGAGUGAUGCUUUAAUGAAAACCUUGAAUUUACAGUGAAGUAGCUGAUUCUUUGUCAUAGUCAGUCUGAACUAAUUACACAACAAGCCACAAAUCGACUGUCAGGCCGGUCCAGUCCAGGUUCACUUCGAAGAACACGUAAUUUUGACUAGUAAACUUUCGUGCUUAACUAAAAACGUCCAAGUUAAUUGUUUAUUUCGACUAAGGUGUCAUGAAUUCAAUUAAAGCACCACAGCCCGAGCCUUUCUCAAAGUUCUUUUUUUAACGGAAAUCAGUAAUCGUUGCAGCUUUCCUCGUGGAAGAUUAGAGACAAAAGAACAGCAACUGGGCGAGAGGAAUAUUUGGAAUCUUCGUCAUCCAGCCUCAUGCCAUUGUUACUGUUAUUUUAUCAAAAUAAAAAGCAAAUGUACUUCUACUUCAGCUUUAUUUUUUAAGCUUACCACAAGGUAACGAAGGUGAAACUGUUAUGGCAAGGAAAGAACCGUCUGUGAUGAAAAGGCUACAAAAGAAGGGAGAGA